AUGAGCCAUCUGCCACCCAAAUACCUCUGCAAGCGUGUCAUCCACGAUUUCGGCCGACGACAUGUACCGAAUCGACACUACAUCCCACCGAACUUCUUCUCUUCGAAGCUCUACAGGGACGUGCUGGAUAGUCUCAACGUCUCUCACAUACCGAAGGCAUCUGCCUCCGACAGCGCGCAGUGGCUCAAUAUUGUGAAUGCCGCCGACAGCUUGCGCGCCAUCGCAUACCUCAUGGAAGCGGGACAGCCUAGCGGCCCCCAGGAAACAUCAGAGGCGUGCAAACGCAUCGUAGCCGACUCACUUUCUUCUGUAUGGGCCUGGUCGCAGUACAUGCAUCCUUUUCUGCGCAACUGCGACGAGGACGCGUUCGAGGCUGCGACAAAGCUCUACCAGUGGCAAUUCCACGAUCUCGGCCGAAGCUGGCACUACGACGCCCUCUGCGAUGUGAUCUCCGCUUUGUGGCAAUCUACUGCGGCCGAUUCGAAGGACCAUCCUGUAAAAACCAUGCCGGGCUCGGCUUCGUACAUCUAUGACCUCUGGUGGUACAUGGCGCACGCAACUAGCGAUCAGGCCCGUCAAGCAGCGCUAAUAUCGACUUUGGCCAUGUCCGCUUUCGAUGAUCCCGACCGACAUGUGGCCAAGGCGAUUGUGGCGAAGGGUAGCUUCGGAGUGGACCCGCUGGUUCGUCGACUAUGCGCCCUCCUCGACGCGAACAAUGGACAAUGCAACACACGCGCGGUCUACCCGUUCGCGUACAUCCUCAACAACUGCGCGAUAUGCGACAUGAGCGUGCGACCGCGCAUGUAUCCUCUUAUCUGGCGUGUCUGCUCCAUGCUUCGACUCGUCGACUAUUCCAUGGGAAAUCACGAUGUUCUCAGCAAGGAGGGCAUGUUUCUGAUGACGUACUCCGUGGACUGCCUGCAUCUCCUGCCACUCCUCAGCUGCACUUUGCGUGGCCCGCGUGAUAUAAUCCGCCUCAUACGUCAGGGUAUUCUGCAGGUCAUUCAUCGGUAUCUCGACCGCUUCAACGACGCUUGGCAAGAGAAGAGCGUCGCAGCUGAGAUAGUGGACGGCAUCAUCAUACCAGCGAUCAACAUCCCCUCGGUGGCAACUGCCGUGGACGACGUACUUCAGGAAGAUGGUCUGGUUCUCGACCCUGGCAGGGUGGAUUAUGACCCUUUCAAUAAAUUGCGCGCAUCUCUGCAGAAGAUGGCAGACAUGAAGGCUACAUACAAGGCAGGGAGGAAGUCUGCGAUGCAGUCAUGCCAUAACAAAGCCUGCGCCAAUGAGGUCUACGGGAAGCUCAAGCGAUGCCCGUGCCGCUGGGCUUGUUAUUGUUCGCUGGCCUGUCAAGCUUCGGACUGGUCAUCCCAUAGGACGGCCUGUCAGACCAAGACUCAUGAACCUGACGCAUCGGCCUUCCGAAUCGACCGCCCCUCCGAUAUUCGCUUCCUUCAGUUCUACGCGCACCGCCUCCUGGUGGCCCGGGGCGACUCUUCGUCAAUGGGCACAGAGUCCUUUGAGGUCGACCUCACCUCGGUGUCGAAAGAGCCAGUGAUCACCGUUGUAUCCGACUCGGACUCGGCGGGUGAGCGAACGGUGUCUGUCAUCGUCGGCACCUGGACAACGAAGACUAGCUUGGUGUUCCCGCUUCCGACGGCCACUUCUCGAUAGCUCAACUUGUG